CGCCAAUUCGACAAGCCAACCUGCCCGACCCGGAACUUCCACAAAGCACACUUUCGGUCGGUGUUGCCCCCCCUGGUAGGGCUGUUUUGGGGUCAAAAUGGAGACGAUUUCAAGGAUUUCUUCAAUGCUGGAAACAGCUCGAGAGCUCACGCUGGAGGCAGCACAGUCGGCGACGUUGAGUAGAGGGACAGCCCCGGACUACACUUCUCAAAGCUACAGUGUGCCGCAUAUCAAGAAGCUGCUUGACAGUCGCAAUGAACGGGAGGUUCUCGAUGGGAUGCGCAAGGUCAUUUCGAUUAUGUAUCGCAAUGAUCCGUCAGAAGCCUCCCUCAACUUCUUUUCCGCGGUUGUCAAGAACGUGGCCAAUCCGAAUGUCGAGGUCAAGAAGCUGGUGUAUAUCUACCUUGUCCACCAUGCCGAAGCAGAACCAGACCUGGCACUCUUGUCCAUCAAUGCGAUACAAAAGUCGCUCACAGACCAGAACCCGCAGGUCCGAGCUAUGGCUCUUCGUACCAUGUCUGGCAUUCGGGUGCCUGUGAUCAGUCAGAUCGUGUCUCUGGCGAUAAAAAGAGGUUGCGGAGAUAUGAGCCCCCAUGUUCGCAAGGCUGCUGCAUUGGCUAUUCCGAAAUGCUAUCGCUUAGACCCCAGCAGUUUGCCACAGCUGAUUGGCUAUCUGUCGACACUGCUCGGUGAUUCCCAGUAUUUCGUGGUCGGGCCGGCUGUCGCUGCUUUCUUAGAUGUCUGCCCGGAUCGGAUUGACCUCAUCCACCAACACUACCGGAGUCUGGUCAAAAAGCUAGUGGAUAUGGAUGAGUGGGCUCAGUUGGCGACCUUGCGUCUCUUAACCAACUACGGGCGAAAAUGUUUUCCUAGAAAGACCGAACGGGUUAACAAAUCGACCACCAAAGGCUUUUACGAGGAUGAAGAUGACGAAGUCGCAGAUAAUCCUGCUGCUGAAGACGGGACAGAAGUGGAGGUCUUGCAUCCAGAUUUGGAACUCUUCCUUCGCAGCUGUAAGCUACUGCUGCAAAGUCGCAAUUCGGCUGUGAUCAUGAGCGUUGUUCGCUGUUUUCUCUACUUAGCACCUCCAGAUUACAUUGCUGCUGCAGUUGGCCCUCUGGUUGCCUUGCUCCGCAGUCCUCAGGAUAUCCAGCAUGUUGCCCUCUACAACAUUGUCGUGGUUGCUUUGCAUCACCCGACGAUGUUCGCGAAAUACGUGUCGCAUUUCCUGAUCCAUGCCAAUGAGCCGUCUCAUAUCUGGUGUCUCAAGCUCGAGUUGCUAACGAUUUUGUUCCCUCACUGUGGGCUGCAUUGGAAGGGUGUGAUUAUCAGCGAGCUGGAGCAUUUUUCUCGCGGCACUGAUCCGGAUCUGGUGCGCGAGUGCGUGCGCGCCAUUGGGCGCUGCGCCCAGAAUGAUAUGAACACCGCCAACCACUGCCUCCGCGUUCUUUUAUCUCAAGUGUCGAGCUUAGAUGAUACCCUGGUGUCGGAGUCAUUGACUGUUAUUCGCCACAUGAUCCAGCAGGACCCUGCUUCUCACAAGCGGACAGUUAUCGAAUUGGUCAAACAUCUUGGAUCGACAACAAACCCCGAGGCAAGAGCCACUAUUAUUUGGCUCGUGGGCGAGUACGCCGGUGCCGAACCGGAGCAAAACAUUGCACCAGAUGUCCUACGCAUCUUAGUUAAGGGAUUUUCGGAUGAAUCAGAGGUGACAAAACAGCAGAUCGUCCUCCUCGGUGCCAAGGUCUACUUACACCAUCUCCUGCUAAACCCGCCGGCCGAGGAAGCCGAGGAACCUAAACCCAAUGUCUCUGGCGGGAUAACAGUCAAUAACGAAUGGGCAGACGAGCAGAAGGAAGAAAGGCAGGAGGAGGAGCAGCAAGAACCACCAAAGGAAGAUACAAUCACUCUACUCUGGCGAUACAUCCUGCUUCUUACCCGGUAUGACGUCUCGUAUGACUUACGGGACCGCGCCAGGUUAUACAAAGCACUGCUCUCAGACCCUCGGUCUACACAACUGGCUAGUUUACUGCUUCUGGCGCCGAAACCAGUACCGUACGCCCCCAGUCCAUCAGAAACGCGCAAAGAUCUCCUCAUCGGGACCUCUACGUUGGUUGUCGGCGCAGCCGCUGGUUCCAAUGGCCUCAAAGGCUAUGAGUCUCUUCCGAUCAGGGUUAAACCGGGACAGGAACCCGACUCCCGUCUGAGAGACGUCAAAAAUGAUAUGGCCGAAAAGACGCCCACCACAGCAGGCGAACGCCUCGACAAAGCGCUUAGAGACCACGACACCCUUGCUGCACCUGCAUCCGGACCUCAGAAGAACGGGGCAGCAACCAACGCAGGCAAGGGAAGGACCCUUGAUGAAUGGCUGGACGAUGAGGAGAGCGAAACUGAGGAAGAAACGGACUCGGAGGAGGAGACUGAUUCCGGGGAAGAGGAGGACGAGGAAGAAUCAGAAGAAGAGACAGAAGAGGAGGAUGAUGAUGACGAAGAAGAUGAUGGCGAAGAUGACGAAGAGGAGGAAACCGACUCCGACAGAGAAACAGUGAAGAAGGAGUCCCAACGUCUAUUGUAGGGGAUAUAUCUUGAAGAUAUAUAUAGCCCACUAUCUAGAUACUACAUUCAACAUUGUGCCCAAAUUGGCAAAAUAUAUACAAUGAGUCGAUACCCAAGCUUCUUGGAGAUACAGGA